AUGCACUGUUAGUUUCCCCCGCCUACUCAGACAGCUCACCUAGUCUAUCAGCUCCCCCUCUGUAAUGUUAACCAGCUAGCUAGUAGCAGAAACUCACUGUGGCUAGCGAAGUAAAUGAAAAAAUAGACAUCUUGUACUGUAGCUAGUUCCGGCCUUGGCUGUAAUACCGGCUAAGGCAUAAUAAGAAAAGUAACGAAUAAUUGUUUAUAACUAACGAUAAAAUGGCGGAAAAGCCAGAGGCUGGAGACAGCGAAGACGAGGUUGAAGAUGUGUACGAAGUGGAGAGGAUUAUUGACAUGCGAACGGAGGAGGGGGAGGUACUGUACCGCGUUCGCUGGAAGAACUACUCCUCUGACGAUGACACGUGGGAGCCUGAGGCCCACCUGGAGGAUUGCAGGGAGGUGCUCCUGGGCUACAAGAGGGCUCUGGCAGAGGCUAAGGUCACGAAAGACCAAGAUGCUAAGAAAUGCAUGAAGUUGCCCAUGAAGAGUGAUGUGUUCGAUGCUGACUCUGACAGCGACAGUGAUAUUGACAAGCCCACAGACCUGCAUGUUAAGAAGAAGAAAAAGAAGAAGCCCAGAGAAGAGGAGGAGGAGGAGGCACCUCCCCUGAAGGAGAAGAGGAAAAAGAAGAAAGACAAGCGCAAGGAGGACUUCAGGCCUCGUCCGGCACCGGAGUCUGAUGAAGAGGAGCUUUCCCCUCCCCCAACCCCUGGCCGCGGAACCAAGAUGUCCGACUCCAAAAAGAGAUUUGUUGACUCCGAUGAAGAGGAAGAAGCCCCUGUGCCCUCCAAGAAGCACAGGAAGGACAAGGCCAAGGAUGGAGGAAAGCACGGAAAAAAAGAGAAUGGGGAGGAAGGGAAGAAGAAAAAGAAGAAAAAGAAGGAUCGAAGGGGUGAUCUGGAGUCCACUGAAGAUGAGGCCACCGCCCCUCUGGAAGAGGAGCUUAGCGAGGGGCCAUCUGAGUCCCAGACAGAUGAUACCACCACAACGGAAAAGUCUCGCGCUGAUGACAAGCCCAAGAAUAAGAAGAGUAAGUCAGAACUGAAGCUGCAGGGCAUCAAGGACUUACUUCAGGACAAGAAAGGCAAGAAACUGGAAACUUCGUCGCCAAUGCUCUCCGCAAGCGGCCUCGCAAAACUGAAGAGCCUCACUUCCUCCAAGAGCCAGGGCCGGGAUGAGCCCACACCAACCUCUGACUCCAGCGACACUCCUGCCCCGGCCCAAGUCCACAAGAAGGCCAAGGGCAAGAGCCACGAGGCCACUCCUGCACAGCCUAAAAUUCCCUCUUCCUCAUCCUCGUCUUCCUCUUCCUCCUCUGGUGCAGGGGCAAGCACUAGCAAGACUGUGGAGGAGUCUAAAGUUGUAGUGGCUGGGGAUAAGGAGCCGACCGCCUCCACUAACCUGUUUGAGAAGUUCCUGCUGAACUGCGAGGCCAAGGACCGUGUUCCCCGCAAACAGAUGGUCCACCAGCCCACCCCCACAGAGAACACUAAACCACCAAAGCUCAUAGGGAAAAUUGAGAAAAGGACCAAGCCGACAAAGGAGUCACCUGCUCGGAAGCCAGAGACAGAUAAGUCCAAACAUACAGACGCAUUUCGGCCCAGUCAGAGCCCCGGUGCUAUGGAGACUGGUGACAGGGCAGAGGCAGAGGAGGAACCCGCCCAGAAGUCAAAGUUCGGCGGAGAGGACCGGAGGGAGGAGGCACAACGUUGGGAGAGGAGGACCCAAGAGGAUGACAGGAGGAGGAGGAGGAGGGAGGACAGCGAGCCACGCCUCUUCAUCGCCUGUGACGACAAUCAAGACCCCUUGGAGAGCGCUGACAAGUCUGGUACGCAGUUUGACAAAGGUCAAGCCUCUCUUAACCUUGGAAUGGACCUCAACUUGGACUGGAUGACACUGGAGGACUUUCAGAAACAUUUGAACGGGGAGGAUGAGAUUCUUUCUGCUCCGCCUCUAUCUCCCAGUGAGCUGCGGGAUGCAGUGAAAAGUGGGGAUUACAUGUCUGUGAAACUUGCACUCAAUUCCAAAGAGGACUACAAUCUGGACCAGGAGGACUCCAGCGGUAUGUCCCUGAGUAUGUUGGCAGCAGCAGGGGGACAGGAUGACAUCCUGAGGCUGCUGAUAAAGAAGGGGGUGAAGGUGAAUGGACGGCAGAAGAACGGAACCACUGCCCUAAUGCACGCUGCAGAGAAGAACUUCCUGACCACAGUUGCUAUCCUCCUGGAGGCAGGGUCCUAUGUCAACGCUCCGACACUGGGAGGAGAGACGGCCCUGAUGAAGGCUUGUAAGAGGGGGAAUGCUGACGUGGUGCGCCUCCUACUGGAGUACGGGGCCGACUGUAACAUCCUGUCCAAACACAAGAAUACGGCCAUGUACUUUGCCAAGGUUAGCAACAACCUGCUUGUGUACGACCUCAUCAAGGACCACAUCAACAUGUUAUCAAGUGUGGCAGAGGACACUAUCCGGGCAUUCUUUGAGACUCGGCUGGCCCUGCUGGAGCCGGUGUUCCCUCUGGCCUGUCAUAGACUGUGUGAGGGACCAGACUUCUCUCUGGAGUUCGGCUACAAACAAUCGCCUCACACACCUGGAGAGGGCUCAGGUAUCCUGCUCUUCAUCUUCCAUGCUAACUUCCUGAGUGAGAUCACAGCCAGGCUGUGUGGGCCCUGCAGUGUCCACGCCGUGGUGCUCAACGACAAGUUCCAGCUGCCCAUCUUCCUGGAUAGUCACUUCAUCUACUCAUUCAGCCCAGUGCCAGGCAUCAACAAACUGUUCAUUCGCCUGGCAGAGUCACCUACAGCCAAGGUGAAGCUUCUCAUCUGUGCAUACCGUGUUCAGCUACAGUGAUGGGUAGCACCUGCCAAGUUCAGAGUUUCCAAGUUGCUUGGACCCCAAUUACAGCAUGGGAGAUUCACACACAUACCAAGAUUCACACACAUGCAAUCACACAACAUGAAGAACAGUUUGAGACACACACCAGGCUACCUUCAUAUAAAGUUGUUGGACAUUAAGCAUCCACCCAGAGUUUGAGAGACUGUUUCUCUGGCAGAGGAUUAAAGGACAAGAACAGCAUAUCAACCCUGUCCAUUGACCAAUCAUGUAUAUUUCUGUGUGUACGAUUAAUACUCUAACUGAAGUCUGAGUUCUGCUUUUGUGUAUGCGUAGGGGGACAAUAGCCGGAUGUUUUGUUUGUGCUCUUGAUGGCAUCAUAGGCAAGGAGUUAAUGUCAGAUUCUUUGGACCAAGUUAAUGCUUUUCCCAAUUAUACCAUUUUAGAAAUGAAAAUAUGUUGCCUUUCUGGAGUUGUCUAUUUUAUUGUCUGUACAUACAGGUGUGGAAUGUCAAGUUUGAAGGAUGUUUCUUGAUUUAGGCAAAUUUGCCACUGUUGGAGUGGGUUAAAGUAUAGCAUGAUGCUUCAGAUGUAGUUUUACUAAAGGGCUAAUGUGUCACUCCUUACGAGUGAAGAAUCCUGCUUGGGAUUGGAGGAAAACACAAAAGAUGAAGUCUAGGACUACAUGAGAGCUUUCAAGAAUGCAUGAUUUUAACUACUUUAUCAAAAUAGACAUCCAUUGUAAAGGUCGUUUUUGCGAUGAUAAUGCAGAGCACAUCUUGGCAAUGAUCUGCCUUGCUGACAUAACAGAUAUGGGAUAAACAUUUAUCCAUGAUAAUCCACUGUAAUAGGAACAGGAAUUGCCAUCCUUGUUUUAAGAUGUAGGAAUUAAUUUGAUAUGAGGAUUCCUUCUGCCUUAAUAGCCACAUCGUUGAAAUAAUUUCCCCAUUUGUGAACUGCUGUGAAAACUGGCAACUUAGUAAAACGGUGAAAUUCACCAAAGGAUACCCAUGUCUGUAGUUUAUUCUGAAGAUAGUGGGGAGAACAAGUAUUUGAUAACCUGCAAAAUCGGCAGUGUUUCCUACUUAAAAAUUACAGACCUCUACAUGCUUUGUAUCAUAGGUACACUUCAACUGUGAGAGACGGAAUCUAAAACAAAAAUCCAGAAAAUCACAUUGUAUGAUUUCUAAGUAAUUAAUUUGUAUUUUAUUGCAUGACAAGUAUUUGAUACAUCAGAAAAGCAGAACUUAAUAUUUGGUACAGAAACCGUUGUUUGCAAUUACAGAGAUCAUACGUUUCCUGUAGUUCUUGACCAGGUUUACACACACUGCAGCAGGGAUUUUGGCCCACUCCUCCAUACAGACCUUCUCCAGAUCCUUCAGGUUUCGGGGCUGUCGCUGGGCAAUACAGACUUUCAGCUCCCUCCAAAGAUUUUCUAUUGGGUUCAGGUCUGGAGACUGUCUAGGCCACUCCAGGACCUUGAGAUGCUUCUUACGGAGCCACUCCUUAGUUGCCCUGGCUGUGUGUUUCGGGUCGUUGUCAUGCUGGAAGACCCAGCCACGGACCCAUCUCCAAUGCUCUUACUGAGGGAGGGAAGGAGGUUGUUGGCCAAGAUCUCGCGAUACAUGGCCCCAUCCAUCCUCCCCUCAAUACGGUGCAGUCGUCCUGUCCCCUUUGCAGAAAAGCAUCCCAAAAGAAUGAUGUUUCCACCUCCAUGCUUCACGGUUGGGAUGGUAUUCUUGGGGUUGUACUCAUCCUUCUUCCUCCAAACACAGCGAGUGGAGUUUAGACCAAAAAGCUCUAUUUUUGUCUCAUCAGACCACAUGACCUUCUCCCAUUCCUCCUCUGGAUCAUCCAGAGGGUCAUUGGCAAACUUCAGACGGGCCUGGACAUGCGCUGGCUUGAGCAGGGGGACCUUGCGCGCGCUGCAGGAUUUUAAUCCAUGACGGCGUAGUGCACAGGUGUCAAACUCAUUCCACGAGGGGCCGAGUGUCUGCAGGUUUUCGCUCCUCCCUCAUACUUGAUUGAUGAAUUAACAUCACUAAUUAGUUAGGAACUCCCCACACCUGGUUGUCUAGGGCUUUAUUGAAAGGAAAAACCAAAAACCUGCAGACACUAGGCCCGCCGUGGAAUGAGUUUGACACCCCUGGCGUAGUGUGUUACUAAUGGUUUUCUUUGAGACUGUGGUCCCAGCUCUCUUCAGGUCAUUGACCAGGUCCUGCCGUGUAGUUCUGAGCUGAUCCCUCACCUUCCUCAUAAUCAUUGAUGCCCCACGAGGUGAGAUCUUGCAUGGAGCCCCAGACCGAGGGUGAUUGACCGUCAUCUUGAACUUCUUCCAUUUUCUAAUAAUUGCGCCAACAGUUGUUGCCUUCUCACCAAGCUGCUUGCCUAUUGUCCUGUAGCCCAUCCCAGCCUUGUGCAGGUCUACAAUUCUAUCCCUGAUGUCCUUACACAGCUCUCUGGUCUUGGCCAUUGUGGAGAGGUUGGAGUCUGUUUGAUUGAGUGUGUGGACAGGUGUCUUAUACAGGUAACGACUUCAAACAGGUGCAGUUAAUACAGGUAAUGAGUGGAGAACAGGAGGGCUUAAAGAAAAACUAACAGGUCUGGGAGAGCUGGAAUUCUUACUGGUUGGUAGAUGAUCAAAUACUUAUGUCAUGCAAUAAAAUGCAAAUGAAUUACUUAAAAAUCAUACAAUGUGAUUUUCUGGAUUUUUUUUAUUCUGUCUCACAGUUGAAGUGUACCUAUGAUAACAAUUACAGACCUCUACAUGCUUUCUAAGUAGGAAAACCUGCAAAAUCGGCAGUGUAUCAAAUACUUGUUCUCCCCACUGUAUGUCAAAUGUAGGCACAGAAGCACAAGCGUAACCUAUCAGUCCUUCCUGGAAGAGUUUUGAAAUCUGCCACACCCCCUUUGAAUCAGGUAUGUUUUCUCGAAGGAGAAAAGGAUGCAAACAUUAAAAGUUGCAUCUAUACAAUGUCUUGCACAACUAGCUAAAUUUAUCACUUUAUACAUUUAUUUGGGCAUUUUGCGUUUGGAGGAGAGUUAUUUCAUAUGGUUCGUGUUAUCUGGGACCCUUUGGAUGUCCCUACCCAAGUUGAAAUGUAAAAUGUUAAGGGUUAUGUUAAGUGGCGAUUUUAGCAUUUAAAUCUUGGUGGGGAAAACAAAAAAACAUAGAUGCAAAGCCACAAGACUAAUCAGUACAUGAAUGCUACUAUAACGGUGACAAACGGUGCCCACAAACUGUUAAGCCCUACAUAAAGCUGUCCCAACAGCAGAGCUUUCUUUUCAGCACCAUGGAGUGAAUGCUUACCACUGCUACAGCUGGCUAUCAGUGGAGCCUUGUCUGGCAACAAAACAGUUCACUCAGCCUCAUUUACUGUCUUUAAAAAAAAACAUAGCUGAUAUGGCUGACUUGUUUAAACAAAUCUGGUUUCUUCUGACAAUUGAGAUGUACAAACUAUAGCAUAAGAGAACGACGAGGCUCUAAUUUUGAUUAAGACAUAUUACAUUUAUGCAGCAGCAUACAAGACAUUUUUGGACUCACCUCGGUGUGCUGCGCUCAGAUCCUUCUUGUGGGCAAAUUUUGUCAUCAAAGUCUUGCAUUCUCUGGCUUUAUGGUGCUUUCAAGACAACUGGGAACUCUGAAAAAAACAAGGUUGAAUCAUGACGUCAGUGAUCUUCAGGUCGGAGCUCUAGAAAGAGGCCAGAGUUUCCGACUUGGAAUUCUGAGUUGGAUGACUGUUCAAUAUGUAUUUUCCAAGUCGGAGCUUGUUUUCCAAGUUCCCAGAAGUCUGAGAUUCCCAGUUCUGUUUUUUCAGUUGUUUUGAAUGUGGCAGAAAUCAUGCUGGAUUGACAGCAUGGCCAAUGUAUUCAACAUUUUCUGACCUAUGGUGUUGGAUGUGAAUGUUUAUCGUUUUAAGUUUGGAAAAGAGACCCUUAAACCCAGACUUGGACCCCACACCCACUCCACUGAAUAGCAGGCUAGUGAUUGCUUUGCAACGCUUGCAGUUAGCCACUGAUUCCUUCAAAAACACUCAUUGUUGAAUUUGCGAUUUACAACUUAUGUAAUGUUUAUGUCCAAUGGCAGGAUGAGCACCAAUACGUUUUAUCUAUAAUUGCUCUUCAUAUGACAAGAUUGAAAAGUAUUUGCCAGUAGAUUGUUGUAUUGAUUCAUGAUGAUGACUGCUUGUCUGGCUUGCUAGCUAAGAUUUUGAAAGUAUGAUGUUGACAUGAUCAGCCCAAUCAAAGCUACAGUAGAUAUAAUGUGAUUUGUCAUCAUUUUAUCUGUGGCUAAUAACCUUGAGCCUUCCUAGAUUGGCACUUCUAAUGUAAAUCUAUGGCAGCACCCAAGGUGCUUGAAUUUUCGAGCUCUCGUAGAUUUUGCAGUGAGGUAGUGUCCCCAUGAGUGACAGAACACUGAGCCAGUCACGUCGCAACUAGAGAACAUUACCAACCCCUACGCUUCUUAUUUUCUGCUGGCUGCCCUAUCACCACAGAACCAUUUGCAAACUGAUAUGUGACACGUAUUAAUGCCAAAAUAAAAUGCAAAACAGGGAACUAGAAACAAAUAAGAUAUACUGUAUAUAUAUGUAACGGAUGUGAAAUGGCUAGCUAGUUAGCGGGUGCGCGCUAGUAGCAUUUCAAUCAGUUACGUCACUUGCUCUGAGACUUAAGUAGUGUUGCCCCUUGCUCUGCAAGGUUCGUGGACUUUGUGGAGCGAUGGGUAACGAUGCUUCGUGGGCGACCGUUGUUGAUGUGUGCAGAGGGUCCCUGGUUCGCGCCCGUGUCGGGGCGAGGGGACGACGUAAAGUUAUACUGUUACAUAUAUUUAUUUUAGCUAAAUAGGUGGGGCUGCCCCACAUGACGGGUCGCCACUGAUUAUUUUUUACCUUUAUUUAACUAGACAAGUCAGUUAAGAACAAAUUCUUAUUUUGAAUGACGGACUCUCCUGUAAACUCUCCUUCCAGACCCACAUCAAACAUCUCCAAUCCAAAGUCAAAUCUAGAAUUGGCUUCCUAUUCCGCAACAAAGCAUCCUUUACUCAUGCUGCCAAACAUACCCUUGUAAAACUGACCAUCCUACCAAUCCUCGACUUCGGUGAUGUCAUUUACAAAAUAGCCUCCAAAACCCUACUCAAUAAAUUGGAUGCAGUCUAUCACAGUGCCAUCCGUUUUGUCACCAAAGCCCCAUAUACUACCCACCACUGCGACCUGUACACUCUCGUUGGCUGGCCCUCGCUUCAUACUCGUCGCCAAACCCAUUGGUUCCAGGUCAUCUACAAGACCCUGCUAGGUAAAGUCCCCCCUUAUCUCAGCUCGCUGGUCACCAUAGCAGCACCUACCCGUAGCACGCGCUCCAGCAGGUAUAUCUUUCUAGUCACCCCCAAAACCAAUUCUUCCUUUGGACGCCUCUCCUUCCAGUUCUCUGCUGCCAAUGACUGGAACGAACUACAAUAAUCUCUGAAACUGGAAACACCUAUCUCCCUCACUAGCUUUAAGAACCAGCUGUCAGAGCAGCUCAUAGAUUACUGCACCUGUACAUAACCCAUCUACAAUUUAGCCCAAACAACUACCUCUUUACCUACUGUAUUUAUUAAUUUAUUUUGCUCCUUUGCACCCCAUUAUUUCUGUCUCUACUUUGCACUUUCUUCCAAUGCAAACCAACCAUUCCAGUGUUUUUUUUAGUUUUUAUUUUACUUGCUGUGUUGUACUCACUUCGCCUCCAUGGCCUUUUUAUAUUUUUAUUUAUUUAUACAUAUAUCUGUUUGCCUUCACCUCCCUUAUCUCACCUCACUUGCUCACAUUGUAUAUAGACUUAUUUUUUUAUCUUUUUCACUGUAUUAUUGACUAUAUGUUUGUUUUUACUCCAUGUGUAACUAUGUGUUGUUGUAUGUGUCGAACUGCUUUGCUUUAUCUUGGCCAGGUCGCAAUUGUAAAUGAGAACGUGUUCUCAAUUUGCCUACCUGGUUAAAUAAAGGUUAAAUAAAUAAAAUAAAUAAAUAAACUAGGAACAGUGGGUUAACUGCCUUGUUCAAGGGGCAGAACGACAGAUUUUUACCUUGUCAGCUCGGGGAUUCGAUCUUGCAACCUUUCGGUUACUAGUCCAACGCUCUAACCACUAGGCUACCUGCCUAGUUUAACCCUUUCAUACAAGUGCAUUUUCGUCCACUUUCCCUCUCCUCAAUAAACGUAGACCUUUUCGAAAAAAGGAGGUCUGAGGAAGGACGCAGGAGUUGAACAAAUCUAAUUAAGAAAACACAACGGUCUCUGGGCCACACUCCAGCACAGUAGGGGGCAGUAAUGCACCAUUGACGUUGGAUGCCAACCCCUGGUAAAUCCCAUCUAAGACAACGUCCCUACUUUGGGGCGCAUGCAGCGUUGCCACGUUCGUGGUUUUCCUGCAUUUGGGCUUCUUUGACAACGAUGUUGCGGGUGAAAAUGUAUUGGCCGCGGGUUUUUGGACUAUUUAUAAAUUGUACCGCGGCUGCCAUGGCAUUUCUCUUAAAAAAUAUACAUAUCACUUACCGCUAACUGAGGCAGGCUGUUGCUGAGUGAGUGCGUGAGCGGUGGGGGUGUGUUGAGAGAGCACUACAGUUCUUGGCUGAGUCACGUGAGCAAGAGGAGAGCUGCACGCGUUCACGUUGUGACAACUUCUUACCAGUUGUAGGUGCAGAUGGCAGCAGCCUAAACGAUGGAUGGGGAACACCAGGAAGAGAAUCCUUUACGCGAGAAAGGAAAUCCUCUACACAAUGAAGAGAAGACUUCAAGUGAUGUGGAGAAGACUUUAUAUGACAUGGAGAGAGCUUUAUGUGACAUAAAAAAUAGUGCUGAAGAGAGCAGUUCAAGUGAUGAUAACAGUUCAGGUGAUGAGGUAGAAGAACAAAGAAUGGAUUCAAACCUCCCAAGUGGUUCAGAUACUCUUCCAUCUAAUGCAGAAAUCCCCUGCGAUAGUGAAUCUGAGCCGUCCCCCCAAAAAGCCGCACAAGCUAAAAAACCUCGCCUCAAGAAGUUUGCGCCACGGAAAGGCACAAGGUCAAGCCUACGUUCCAGCACAAAAUUGACAGUCAGUGCAUGUGAUACGACAGAUGGUAAAAGAAAAUUGGACAAAAAGCACUUCUGCCUGUAUUGCAAUGAACCACACCACAACAUUGCAAGACAUUUAGAAAGGAUGCACGCAGAAGAAGCAGCUGUUGCUCAUGCUAUCAGCUUCCCAGAACUCUCCAAAAUCAGGUCUCUCUUGUUUGACCAACUCCGUAACAAAGGCAACUAUCAACACAACUUUGAAGUUCUUCAAUGUGGAGAUGGGGAAAUUGUGAGAAUGUGUAGACCAUCUUACGAUGGUGUUUCUGUGCGUGACUGCCUGCCCUGCCAACACUGCUUAGCUUUUUUCAACAAAAUUGAUUUAUGGAAGCAUGAGAGCUCAUGUAAUGCUAGAAAAGGACAAGAUGAAACGAGGGGAGGAAAAAGAGUGAGGAUCCAGGCUGCGUCCUCUCAACUUGUUCCAUUGCCUGUCUAUUCUACUGGAGGAUGUGAAGAAAUAAUACACAAUAUGAAUCAAGAUGACAUCUCAUGCCACAUCAAAAAUGAUCCCCUGAUAUGUAAAUAUGGCAAUGCACUAUCUGCAAAGCAUGGUCAUGCCAAGUCGCAGUUUACUUACAUUGGUUCAAAAAUGAGGGAAUUGGCUAGAUUUGUACUUGCUGUAAAUGAGAUGGACUGUGGUGUUCAAUAUCUGCAUGAAGUAUGUGUACCAUCCAAAUUCAAAUUGGCCGUUCAUGCUGCCAGGAAAAUGAGUGGUCAUGACCCUGCCUCCGACAGGUACAAGACCCCAUCUCUUGCUUUAAAGAUUGGCUAUUCCUUGAAAAGAGCUACUGAAAUAGCUUUUGGGGAGAGUCGUAUGACAGAGGACCGUGAGGCAGAGGAACAAGCCAAAAGGUUCAUUGAACUACUUGAAAACGAUUGGAAUAACUGUUUUUCCGGUCUAUCCCUCAGCGCUGUCCCUCAGUGUGAUGAAGUUGAUGUGUCUUCACUAACUGAGGAUUUGAUCAAACUUCAGAAGUUUCUCAAGGUUGCAGAGGACACAGCGAAGAAAGAAUUGCUGGAGAACCCCACCAACACUGUCUGGAAAAAGCUCAAUGAAACUCUUCUUGCAGAAAUAGCUCUCUUCAACAGAAAAAGGACAGGGGAAGUUGCGAAAAUGCUCUUGGAAACGUACACAAACAGGAAGAAAGCUCCAGCUAGUGCAGACAUUUUCAAUAACCUCUCAAGGCUGGAGCAGGAGCUUGGUGACGACAAAUUAACCAGGUUGGAAAUAGAAGGCAAAAAUGGUAGGAAAAUGCCAGUCCUACUAACAGAGAGGAUGAUCUCAUCUCUUGAGAUCCUUAUUGCAAACAGAGACAAAGUUGGUGUGUCAAAGGACAACCCUUAUGUCUUUGCACGUAGCCUGGAUGCAGCAAGCUACAUCAGAGGGUUUGACUGUCUGAGGAAGUGUGCACAUGAGUGUGAUGCAAAGAAUCCUGAAAGUCUGAUCCAUGCGACAGUGAGGAAAGAGGUUGCUAUUCAUUCCCAAAUACUAAACUUGAAUGAAAGUGAAUUAGAUCAGGUGGCAAAGUUAUUGGGACAUGACACCCAGAUCCAUAAAGAGUACUACAGGCUCUCUGAAAACGCAGCACAUCUAGCACAAAUCAGCAAAUUGCUGCUUGCAAUGGAUCAGGUUCCAGUGGUAAUUCCAGGGCCAUCUGAGGAAAGGGUUGUUUCUCCUACAUAUGGUACAUCUUUUGCAGGUACAUAUCCAGCGGGGACAGAUAGUGGAAGGACAUAUCCUACCGAGACAUGUCCUACUGGGUCAUCAUAUCCUACAGAGACAUAUUCAGCGAAGUCAUAUACUGUGGAGGCACAGCCUUCAAGGUCAUAUCAUGCUGGGACAUAUCCUGAGAAGUCAUAUCCUUCAGAAUCACAUUCUGCGAGGUCAUAUUCUGCGGGGACAGAUUCUGCGAGAGCAUAUCCUACCGUGACACAUCCUGCAGGGACCUAUCCAGCAGGUUCAUAUGUUGCAGGGACAUAUACUGCAGGGACUCAUCAUGCAAGAUCAUAUCCUGCAAGUCCUUAUGGCCUUUCAUCUCCUGCAAUAUCAUAUGCUUCGGGGACUAAUCCUGCAAGGUCAUAUCCUGCAGGAACAUAUCCUGCACAGACACUUCCUGCACAAACACAUCCAGCGCAUACAGUUAUUACGCCAACACUUCAUACACAGACACUUACAAUGCAGAAACUUGCUGUCAGGACAGUUCCUGCGAGGACAAGUCCUGUGAGGCCGUGGAGUGAUGCGGCUAAGGCUGCGGUGAAGCGUCAGUUGGGACACUUUUUCUCAAUGAUGAAGGUUCCAGGUAAACGGGACUGUGAAGUAUGCCUCCACAAUGAACCAGCUGUACGAGACAGGACUUGGAGAGACAUCAAAAACUAUGUGCACAACACAGUAAAAUCAUUUAAAAGGAAAAAGGGUCUUACAAGAGUGGACCCCAGAAAAUGGACAAAGAAAGAAUCGGCAAAGAUUGCUAAGGAAGAGGUUGGUGGAACAAGGACUGUACCUGCACAGGGUCAAGAGGAGAGAGUAGAGGCAGAUCCUGUUGCUGUGGCAACACAAAGGAAGCAUAAGAUAUGGAGUGAUGAGGCUCAGGCUGCGGUCAGGCGGCAGCUUGGAGACUUCACUAAACUGAUGAAGAUUCCAGGUAAAACGGAAUGUGACGCAUGUAUUGCAGCUGAACCAGUUCUACAAGGCAGGACAUGGAAAGAUGUAAAAAACUAUGUGCAUAACACAUUAAUGACAAUGUGCAGGAGGCAUAUUUCAGGCAAACAAAACAUGGACCAUGAAAAACAAAGUCCAGGGACACAGAAACCAGGGUUGCAACAGAAACCAAAGGUACCGUUGGGACUUCCAGAAGAUCUUCCUGUUUAUCUGUACUUAUGAUUUCUUUGAACUAGUUUCAACGCUUUUGAUUUAAUCUGACGAUCUUUGCUCACUCUGAUCUGACAUUGUAAAGCAAUAAUUAUGUUGCAUUUUUAUAAUGUCACGACCUACUUAAUUUUACAUUUUUACAUUUUAGUCAUUUAGCAGACGCUCUUAUCCAGAGCGACUUACAGUAGAGUGCAUACAUUUUAUUACAUUUUACAUGCUGAGACAAGGAUAUCCCUACCGGCCAAACCCUCCCUAACCCGGACGACGCUAUGCCAAUUGUGCGUCGCCCCACGGACCUCCCGGUUGCGGCCGGCUGCGAACCCAGCCCAGCCUGGGCGCGAACCCAGAGACUCUGGUGGCGCAGCUAGCACUGCGAUGCAGUGCCCUAGACCACUGCGCCACCCGGGAAUACCGAAUAUUCUACCUACGUAUCCGUUAGGCCUGGGAAUUGCUAUGGACCUAACAAUACGAUUUUAUCACAAUACUUGUGCCAAUACUAUAUAUACACGUGUAUAUAUAUUGCGAUUCUAUAAGGACUGCGAUUCGAUACUUUGAUUUUAUUGCGAUUUAAUAUUUCAAACAUAUUGCUCACUGUGUCUGCUGAAGAGGGACAGGAGAGAAACAUGAGAAAACGAGUUUUGUUCAGUCAUGGAAGUAAGUGCUGAAAACAUGUUGGCUCCCCAUCUAAAAAGAAGUUGAGAACAAGGUAGAGAAUAAAUACUGGACCUUUUGGCACAGGUACAGCCAACUAGCGCUAGCUAACGUUAACUUCCUAGCAAAAUAAUAUGAGAAUCGAUACUUGGAGUCAUAGAAAUUAUAAAAUAUAAUUGAAAAUAAUAUUGCGUUACUCUAUUGUAUUGAGAGAAACAAAUCCACUAGUAGGCCUAUCUGUAGCAUCUAGGCUACAUAGUGAAAUAUUAUGCAUGAGCACUAAAUAUAUGUUCAACAUUAAUAGAUUACAUGUACCAAUUACAGUGAAUAGUUUUUUGAACUUUGUAGAUGAAAGUUGUGCAAACCUAGACCGUUAAACUGAUAACUUUACCUUUUAGAUCACACUAAUGGUAUACUUCACCAAAUGGAUCUGGAUCCAGAUGUACAAAAUGUUUUAUGUAUUCUUGCCUGUACCAUUGUAUGUGUAGCUAAUGUAUAUGUGUAGGUUAGGUUUUGAGUUUGUGAAUUUAGCAGGUUAUUCCAUUUGAAAUGUGUGACUUUUAAUGGAUUAUAAAUACAUGGCAUCACAGGUAGUUGGUGGCACCUUAAUUGGGGAGGUCGGGCUCGUCGUAAUGGCUGAAGCGGAAUCAGUGAAAUGGUAUCAAAUACAUCAAACGUAUGGUUUCCAUGUGUUGGCCAUUCCAUUCACUCCGUUCCGACUAUUAUGAGCUGUCCUCCCCUCAGCAGCCUCCACUGCAUGGCCAACAUGCAUACACUAUCUACAUCCAUGCAUUUUGAAGCAUGUUUGGAUUUAUUAUCAUGGAUAUUUUACUUAUGUUAUUAAUGAUAGCUAGAUAGCUAGUAUUCCUAGCUACUGGUGUAUCAGUAGUUGUUUUUAUAUAUAUUUUUAAAACACUUGUUUUUAUCAUUCCUUUCAAUCAUGCUAGUUUUUGUGGAUAUUUGCAUCUAGAGCUGACAUUCAUUUUCAUUACUAAGCCAGAUUCCCACAGCUCCAUGACCCAGUGAGCCAUCUCAGUCCUGGUGAGUUGCUUUAGUCAAAAGGUGCUGUUGAUUAGGCUUGCCAAGUGGGCAGAGUGUGUGCUUUAGGACCAUUGAAAGGUUCUGAAAGGGAAAAAUCUGUCUACCUAUUGCACCGGGCAAAGUCAGUGACACUUUCAGAUCAUAGCAUCAUACCCUUCUCCCAAAGUGACUGGGAGUAUUUAAAAAAUAAAUAUAUUUCACCUUUAUUUAACCAGGUAGGCCAGUUGAGAUAAAGAUAGAGCUAUAGAUAAGAUAAAGCAAGGUAGUGUGACAAAAACAACAGAGUUGCACAUGGGAUAAACAAAUGUCUACUUCUCACUUACACUGAGUGUAAAAAAACAUUAGGAACACCUUUCCCCUUUUGCCCUCAGAACAGCCUCAAUUCGUCAGGGCAUGGACUAUACAAGGUGUCAAUUGUUUCACAGGGAUGCUAGCCCAUGUUGACUCCAAUGCUUCCCACAGUUGUAUCAAGUUGGCUGGAUGUCCUUUGGGUGGUGGACAAUUUGUGAAAAACCCAGCAGCCUUGCAGUUCUUGAAACACUUAAAACGGUGCGCCUGGCACCUACUACCAUACUCUGUUCAAAGGGACAAAUCUUUUGUCUUGCCCAUUCACCCUCUGAAUGGCACACAUGCAUAAUCCAUGUCUCCAGGCUUAAAAAUCCUUUUAACUGGUCUCCUCCCCUUCCUCUACACUGAUUGAAGUGGAUUUAACAAGUGACAUUGCAUGUAUUGAUUAACAGCUUGAAUACCACUAUAUAGCUAGCUAUCUACAGUAGCCUAGAUUUGUUUGCAUACAUUUCUUAUGACUAGCAGCCUGGUGCAAGCGGCUGUGUUGUUGCCGAGCAACCGAUCUGGUGUUAGAACUUGUAGAAAUGCUACAAAAACAGUAGCACAUCGUUUGCUGGUAGUUAUUAUAAAGAAAUUAGCAUGUGAGAGCUGUCUCACAACAGCAGUUGGUUAGCUUGCUAAAGUGAACUUGAUUUGCUUGCUAGCUACUUCCAGACACAAAUGAGCGAACUAACUCUGACCAUUUAACUCGCCCUAGCAGAGCUAGUUAUCUAGAGCGUUAGUGACUGUAACUGUGUUGCUUUUUUUUCCUCCCACCUUUACUGACAACUGUCAUAUUCGACGGGUGUUGCGCGUUCGUAAGUUCAUCAGUUAUUCAACAGUUAUUCAAAAAAUCGUGGGUUAUUGUGCGCUCUGGCACACUCAAGGGAGAGUGCUCUGAAAUCGUAAAUAACCAAAAUGAAUUUACGAACACACCCUCAAUCAAUGCAUACUAUAUUGUGGAGGCUAUUGCCCCACAAUCAUUUUUGGUCACUAGUAACUUUUACUAUAAUGUUGGUUGACUUCCCAUCCAAUUUCAGGCCGUUUAUGGUUCUCUAAUCAACGUCUUUGACCAAAAGUUACUAUUGUAAAUGUGAUUUUGCCAAUUGGAAUUGGUUCAUUUGUUCUACGUGUGGAAUUGGUUUCAGAGAAUCACACAGAACCUAUUCCUAUUGUACCAGUCUUUCCUGCUAAAUAUGAUAUAGAUAAGGCUCUAGUGUUCCAUGUAAUUGUUUUAUUGCUUGUCUAAUAUUAACAUUUACACUUUUUAUAUUAAUAUUUAUAUUAUUCACUACUGUCUUAACCAUAUUGAUUUCACAACAGCUGUUUAAGUUCAACAUUAAGGCUGACUUGUAUAGGGUCUGUUGUUACACACCCCACUAUUUACUGUCUAAAGACAUGGACAUUAUUAAGUGUUUUUUCUUCAAUAUGUAUUUCUUGUUAAGCUGCCUUUUGUUGCCCCCUGGUGCUCAUUGUGUACUGUAUAUGUAAGAUACUAUAUUUGCUUGGUUAAUAAAUUGUUACUUGAUGUAAA